AUGGAUUCCUUACAGGUCAAAUUCCCUAAGAGUUCUACAGGUGUACACGGGGAUUAUAAACAACAUACUAUGACCCCAAUAUGCACAGGGACAUCUGUUAUUGGAAUUAAAUAUAGAAAUGGGGUUGUUCUAGCUGCCGAUAUGUUAGUUUCAUAUGGCUCCCUAGCCAAAUAUAUGGAUUUCGAGCGCAUGUUUAAGGUAAAUCAGAGCACAGUUAUGUGCUGCAGUGGUGAUGUGGCAGACUUUCAAUUUCUCAAACAUCACAUUGAAGAGCUGACACAUCAAGACAGUCUCCUUUCCGACGGCUUUAGGCUAAGCCCUCAUGCUCUCCACAGCUGGAUUACACGUGUUCUAUAUAACCGUCGAAGUCGUUUGCAACCACUGUGGAACACCUGUUUAGUCGGAGGUUUGGAAGCAAAUGGAGAGCCCUUCAUUGGGUAUUGUAGUAUGCUUGGUGUUUCAUUCACUGAAAAUUAUGUUGCGACCGGUUUCGGUGCAUACCUUGCGAUGCCUAUUCUAAGAGAAUGUUUGGAAAUAAAAGCAGGGGGAGAUCCAAACAAUAUAACGGAAGAAGAUGCUAUCUCUACAAUAACAAGUGCAAUGAAGCAAUUAUACUUUCGAGAUUGUCGUGCAUUCGAUACAUAUCAAAUGGCUAUCGUAAAUAAAGAAGGAAUACAAAUAAAUGGCCCAUUACGCUUAAAAUGUGAUUGGUCUAUUGCUGAAUAUGUAAAAGGCUAUGAUUAA